UGUCAGCAGUGUUUUUAGGUGGGAGGCAGGAGAUUAGCCUUUCUGGGGGCUAAUGCUGAAGCUGCUUUACUCUCCUCGUUCUGCCCCUUAUUCCUACAAACAACGGGUUUUUCCUGUAGGCUCUGAUAAUCCUUCCCUACGACAGAAGCCAAACCCGAUUAGCUUCAUUUUUCUCUGAGGGAGCACCCGGAACUGACUCGCCUCUUGCAGCUGGACUGAAGUUAGCAGAGAGAGGGGUUUCUGACAGGAUCCGUAAACAGAACAGUGUGUUAGAAAUGGAAAGUCAGAAGAAGGUGAUAGAAAGGCUUCGGGCUGCAUUCAGGUCUGGUGUGACAAUUCCUCAGCAUUUCCGUCUGACCCAGCUGAAGGCUCUGCUCUCUCUGCUGGAGGAAAAUGAAACACAAAUCCUGGAGGCAAUGCACAAAGAUCUUGCAAAGCCCAAGUUUGAGGCUGUGCUGUCAGAAAUUGACCUGGUUGUCAACGAUGUUUGCUUUGCCAUCAACAACCUACACAGCUGGAUGCAGCCCAACUAUGUGGGGACAAAUUUGGCAACAAAGCUGGAUGACUGUUUUGUCCGCAGAGAGCCAUUAGGGGUGGUUUUGAUCAUAGGUGCAUGGAACUAUCCUCUCCAGCUCAUUUUGUUGCCUCUCAUCGGUGCUAUUGCCGCAGGAAACUGUGCUCUUAUGAAACCAUCAGAGAUCAGUGCAGCGACUGAGAAACUUCUUGCAGACCUCAUACCCAGAUAUCUCUCUCAGGAAUGCUUUGCAGUUAUGUGUGGAGGAGCAGAGGAAACUAAGCAGCUUUUAGAGAACAGAUUUGAUCAUAUCUUCUACACGGGUUCCCAGGCAGUGGCCCGGAGCAUCCUCCAGGCAGCCGCGGUGCACCUGACCCCGGUCACUCUGGAGCUAGGGGGAAAGUGUCCAUGCCUCAUUUACGGCCGCCUGGACAUCAAAGCCGCAGCCAAAAGGCUGGUGUGGGCCAAAUACUUCAACGCAGGUCAAAGCUGUGUGGCCCCAGACUAUGUCCUGUGCACGGUGGAGAUGCGGGACGCACUCCUGCCUGCAAUCACUCAGGCUAUAGAGGAGUUUUAUGGCUCUCAGAUUCAGAAAAGUGUAGAUUAUGGCCGCAUCGUAACAGACAGACACUGGGACAGACUGAUUGAUCUUCUGGGCAAGUCUGAGGGGAAAGUGGUCAUUGGAGGAGAGAUAGAUAAAGAGGAGAAAUACUUCGCUCCGACAGUGAUUAUUGAUUUGCAGGAAUCAGACGCUCUGAUGCAGGAGGAAAUAUUCGGCCCUAUUCUGCCCAUCAUCACCAUAGAGUCUCUGGAGCAGGGCAUUAACUUCAUCAACCAGAGAGAGAAGCCUCUGGCUCUUUAUGCCUUUUCUGACGAGCCUCAGAUUGUGACCACAGUGUUGGAAAGAACCAGCAGUGGAGGGUUUUGCUCUAAUGAUGGAAUCGUUCACAUGACUCUUCCUGGUUUGCCUUUUGGAGGAGUGGGUGCCAGCGGGAUGGGCAGUUAUCAUGGACGCUGGACCUUUGAGACGUUCAGUCACAGACGUGGAUGUAUGUUCCGGGGAUGGGGCCUGGAGCGCAUUGGUGCUCUACGCUACCCACCAUACAAAGAAAGUAACCUGAGUUGGCUACGCUGGGCCACCACAGCUAAGAAGAAGGGCUGGGGAGAAUGCUCAGUGUUGUGAGAGGUUUGCUUUGUUUUGUGUAAACCUGUACUGAAAAUGAGGCUCUCACUGUAGAGAUAGAAAUGCCUCAGGGAAGUAAGGCCUAAAAGGCUUUAAGUUGCAGUGGUUUGUUACAGAUUAAUGACUGUGGUAUUGAACUAGGAUUACAUUUUUCAUAAACUUUUUUUUUUUAAUAGAUACACUACUUCUCUACUAGAGGGCAGACUUUAGCUGGCCAAAGUCUAAUACAUUCAUAGAUUAACAGUUUUACAAAUACCGGUAGCACAUUUGUGUUUUGAAGAGAUUUGACAUGACUCUGAUUUUGCUGUGAGGUAUUUGUUUGAACGUGAAAAUCAAUUCUGAGAAGAUGUAAUUUCACAUGGUCAUAAAUU